AUGUUCCCCCGCUGCCUCGCCUCCAGAACAACACUUACCCUCAGACCAUCCACACUCACACCCAUCACAUCCAAACUUAUCCAGAACCGCACCUUCGCAAUCACCUCGCCCACCAUGACCCGCCUCGCAGACGCAAUCAAGGACGACCACCGCGAGCUCGAGGAAGCUUACAACAAGAUCCUCUCCGCCAAAACUUCCGAUGAGAAAACCCGCUGGCAGAACCAGUUCACAUGGGAACUCGCCCGCCACUCCAUCGGCGAGGAGCUAAUCGUCUACCCUCUCAUGGAGAAGAACCUCCCCAACGGGAAGGAAAUGGCCGAUAAGGACCGCUCGGAGCACCAGAUUGUCAAAGAACACCUCUACAAAUUCCAGGGCCUCUCCCCCGAGGACACCGAGUUCGAGCCCACGCUCAAAUCCCUCUGGACGAAUCUAAGCCAGCACAUCAAGGAAGAAGAAGCCGAGGAUCUGCCUUCGUUGGAGAAGACGCUUGACCAGGAUAGCUCGGAGAACCAGACGAAGAAGUUCAUGCGCACGAAGAAGUUUAUCCCGACGCGGAGCCACCCCAGUGCGCCUGACAAGCCGCCGUUUGAGACCGUGGCGGGGUUGCUGGCUGCGCCGAUUGAUCAUCUGGCGGAUUUGUUUAGGAAGUUCCCUGAGGAGUCGAAGAGUCAGUUGCCUCCUUGA